AACCUUUACAACUGAUAAAUUGAAAAAUAAAAAACAAGUACAUUUUUGUUCCUGAAAAUAUCAUUUAUUCUUUUUUAACAAUAACAUUGAAAAUAAAUAUCAACAAUGGCUCAGAGUACUGAGAAAGAAGGAAAAAAUAAAAAAGAUCCCAUUUUUCGAAAUCUGACAGCUGAUGAUCUUGAACCAGAGGCAUCAGUUAUUGAAAGUUUAUGCAUGAAUUGUGGUGAGAAUGGUAUUACUCGAUUAUUGUUAACGAAAAUUCCUCAUUACAAGGAUGUAAUAUUGAUGUCAUUCGAUUGCGAACAUUGUGGAUUUCAAAAUAAUGAAAUCCAAAGUGGAGGAAAAAUUCAAGAUAAAGGAAUUAGAAUUCAAUUAAAUGUUACUAAUGAAAGUGAUUUAAAUCGUCAGGUCGUUAAGUCUGAUUAUACUAGCAUUAAAAUCCCUGAAUUGGAUUUUGAAAUUCCAUCACAAUCUCAGAAAGGAGAAAUAACUACAGUCGAAGGUAUUAUCGAUAGAAGUAUAAGCGGUUUAGAGCAAGAUCAGCCGAGAAGAAGGGAAGAAAAUCCAGAUACAGCUGCAGGAAUCGAUUUAUUUAUUGCUAAAUUACGUGGACUGAAGCUACUUGAUAGUCCAUUUACGAUAAUCUUCGAGGAUAUUACUGGAGAGUGUCAUGUAGAAAAUCCUAAUGCUCCACGGAAAGAUCAUAACUGUACAACUUCCUACUUCGUAAGAUCAGAAGAGCAGAAUAAAUUAUUAGGUAUUUAUGUUGAAAACAGUGAAGGACUGUUAAAGCCUAUUGAACCAGGAUCUUUUCCAUUGGAAGAACUAGAGGGAGAAGUUUUACAAUUUCCAACUAACUGUCCAGACUGUAAUUGUCCUUGUACAACCAACAUGAAGAUGACAAACAUCCCCCAUUUUAAAGAGGUAGUGAUCAUGGCUACAAUUUGUGACUCCUGUGGUCACAAAACUAAUGAAGUUAAAAGCGGAAGUGGAGUAGAACCUCAAGGGAUCAGGAUAGAAGUAUUAGUGAAAGGUAAAGAGGAUUUUAGUAGAGACGUUUUAAAAUCUGAGACUUGUUCGAUGGAGAUACCAGAACUUGAAUUGGAAGUUGGACCAGCUGCAUUAGGUGGGCGUUUUACCACUAUUGAGGGUAUUUUAGCUGCAACUAAAGAACAACUGCUAUCUAAUUCUAUACUCACUGGCGACAGUACAGAUAAAAUAACUGCUACGAGAUUGAAUGAAUUUAUUACCACAUUGGAUGAAGUUUUGAAUGGAGAACGUCAAGUAACGAUUGUUCUUGAUGAUCCUGCUGGAAAUAGUUAUGUUCAAAGUUUGUCAGAUGUGGGAUGUGAUGAGCGAUUAGAGAUUAUUAAGUAUGAUAGAAGCUUUGAACAAAAUGAAGAGCUUGGGUUAAAUGACAUGAAAGUAGAAAAUUACGCAUAAUUUUCUGAUCAUGUUUUAAUAUAUUAUAGUACUAAAUUCUUUACAGUUCAUUGAUUUAUACAUCUCAUUAGUUAAUAGUCAUCUGGAUGGCUGUAAAGAAGAAAAGAAAUGUUACUAUCAAUAUUAUCAACAUAUUUAUGAAAAUAAUUUUUAUUAAAAAGAUAAUAUACACGAUGGGGAUAGAGUCGAGUUUUUUUAGUUUAGGAAGCCUUCGAAUGACCUGUGUUCUCCAUGCUUCUGGCUCCAAAUUAUCACAAAU